AUGAAUGUUGUCUCGAAGGAGUUGAUGACUGGAAUUGCAUAUGCGUUAGAUUCUCGUAGAGUUUGGGAGAGCCUUAAGGAAAAAGUUGACAAGGAAAACAGUGUGGGAUCUUUUCAUCUGCACAAGGAUAUUGCAUUCCUUGCUCAAGGCUUGAAUGAUUCCUAUUCUAGAGCAAAAAGUCAGAUCCUUAUGAUGCAACCUCUUCCUAGCUUAAAUCAGAUUUAUGCUUUAGUUAUGCAAGAAAAAAGCCAGAGAUCUCUUACUAGUGUCAUGUCGUCCCUAGAAACCACAGAAACCAAUGCCUUGAUGGCUAAUAAACCUGCAUCCAAUCCCAGAUCCAGAAAAUUUGAUCUAUUUGUGAUUAUUACAAAAAAACCUGGUCAUACUAGAGUUGUUUGUAGAAGAUUAAUUGCUCACACCAACAAUAGGAACUGA